UCCUUAUCGUGCGCACACAAUCGAGUAUGCAGAUGCAGAGCUGGAAUCGCUGCGUUCCUCUCUCACGUGCUCUCACCUUUCCCAGAUGGCUAUCGGUUCGUCACUCUUGCACCCAAUUAUUCGUGGGAGGUCUUUGCUAUGAUACUAAUGAAGCUAUUCUAAAGGAUGCUUUUGGGCGGCACGGUGAAAUAGUUGAAGUCAAGGUGAUAUGUGAUCAUGUGAGUGGCAAGUCAAAGGGGUUUGGAUUUGUGAAGUUCACUACUGAAAGUGCAGCCUGUAAAGCCUUAAAAGACAUGGAUGGUCAGGUGUUGGAAGGGAGAAACAUUCGAGUACAUUGUGCGCACAAGGGGUAGCAGAAACCAUCCACUUUUGAUACGGUCAUGGAUAAUUGGUUCAGUACCUUGAAAUCUUGGUUCUCGUCUUAAAAGUGAUAGCAAUAGCAAUUGGCUGUGAGUUGUUUUGUUGUAACCUUCGGAUGUUCCUUCUCUUGUAAGAAAGGCCCUCUUGGUUUUUCCAUUAACAAUUUUUUUUAUUUGCGUUCAUAAUCUUGCUGGUUCUGCUUCCACUUUAUGCCAUUCAUGGAAAUCAUUAUGCCAUUGCCGGGCACUGUAAUUGGCUAAUGCCUAAACAUGAUUAAUAAAACAUUGGCUAAUUUGGCACCAGA